AUGUCCAUAGUCCAGGAGAACCACAGACCGUCACCCAUCGUACCGGGAUCCCUAUUGUCGCUCUUGACAUCUCCCCCCCAACAGACCCAUGCAGUAAUCGGGGGUAAAGAUAUUCUCAAAACCAUCCGAGUCUCGCCUGACCAUUCGUCGGAGGAAUUUAAUAUUCGCAAUGCUGUGGUGAGCUAUGCAUCUACCCACCAUGAUGCGGGUGUUUCAAUGCCACAUAAGGACCAGUUGAAUGUAAAGGAUGUAAAGUGGUCACAUGGCAAUCACGACCGAAUAAUCGCUACGGCGGUCGCCAAUGGUCGGAUUGUCGUUUACGACCUGCAGCGGCCCGGCCUCCAAUUAUGUCGCUUCCAGGGCCACAACCGCCAGGUUCACAGACUCGCUUUCAACCCUUUUCUCCCCUCUUGGCUGCUGUCCGGUAGCCAAGAUGGAACCAUCCGCAUGUGGGAUCUGCGAUCCGCCUCUACGAAUCGUGGCCUUUCCACGUGUGGCAGCAAACAUGUAUACCAGGGUAAUAGCGACGCCAUCCGAGACGUCCGGUGGUCCCCCAGCGAUGGGGUCAUGUUUGCGACCGCCACGGACAGCGGCGCAAUUCAAAUGUGGGACUCACGAAAGACCAAUGCCCCACUGUUGCGCAUUGCGGCUCAUGAUCGCCCAUGUUAUGCCGUUGACUGGCACCCGGAUGGGAAGCACAUUGUCAGUGGAGGCACGGACCGACAGGUCAAGGUCUGGGAUUUUUCCAAAUCUGCAGAGCGACGGCAGAAACCGGCGUUUCAGUUCCGAACCCCCCAGCCCGUAACGAAUGUUCGCUGGCGUCCCCCGUCGUGGGUCGGCGACUCUCCUGGGUCUGGAGAAUGGCAGUCCUCUCAAGUCGUCACAUCAUAUGACAAGGAGGAUCCACGUAUUCAUCUUUGGGAUCUUCGCCGACCUCAUGUUCCAUUCCGGGAAUUUGAUCGAUAUGAUUCGCCAGCAAGUGAUCUACUCUGGCACUCUAAAGAUCUAUUGUGGACUGUCGGCGAGGUCGGUUCGUUUACUCAAACUGAUCUCCGAUAUGCACCAACAGUGGUCACUCGACGGCCGACGUGCUCAGUCGCCUGGAGUCCCAAUGGUGCGUUUGUUGCAUUUGGUCAAAAGCGUCCUCGCCGCAGAGCUCACGGUGUCAAUGCCCCUCAAUUCCUCCAAGUUGAGGAAGAUGCAGCUAGCACCGGAGAGCGAUCCUUGAGCCAAAGUCCGGCAGACGAUAGUAUGUUCGAUGAUGAGGCUCUAGCUUCUUCACUUCGGCAUAGACAGACCAAGUCUACCGCCAUCCGCUCGUCAAAAUCUUUAGGUAGCACGCCACCAGGGGCUCCAGAUGACAUCCCUAUUCUUCCCCUGGACCAAACCUUGGCCAAGAUUACCACGCCAGGACCCGAUCAGUUGGGAGUCAUUGGAUGCAUUCCUGGUGCUACUAGUGAUGAAUCGCGAUUUCAGUUUUUGGCACGCCAUUAUUCACCACUGAUGAAGGAUUACGAUUAUAAGCAAACUCCUGUCAAUGUGCUUAAUUCCUUGAUGGAAUCGCUCGACCAGAAUGCCGAGAGCGCAGAUGAUGCGUCUCUGCCCAAGCUAGCUCAGACUUGGCGUAUCGUGAAAUUCGCCAUCACCCAAGAACUUCAGCGCAGGUCGCGGGAGCAAUCAUCGGGCAAAGGUGGAGUCAAGGGGAAGUCAUCCAAGGAUGGCCUGUUGAUUGAUAGGCAGCCGCGAACGGUCGAUGAAAAUCGCCAGGGAAAGGUCAAAAGCCGACUAUUCAAAGGAGUCAUGGAAACGGAAGGUCAGAAAAGUCUAGGAACUGAGGCCGAGAGUACAUCGAACAUGACUACGCCUCUCGCACGACCAUUACCCGACUCUCCCCAAAUGGACUCAUGGAGCAGCGAUUCUCAAAUCCCUUCAAUAGAUGAUAACGCUAGCGACCUUGACCCUCUGCCACCCUCAGUGUUGAGCUCGCAUAAUGGUUGGAGUAUGCCAGACAAUGCUAAUCGUCUCAUUACUCCUUUGCCAUUGGUGCCCACUCAGUCAGUGUCGAGUGAAGACACACAUUCUGCGACGGGCGUCAUGUUUGAUCGUCUGCGUGAUCCAACACUGGACCCGGAUAGUGAUCAGCGAUCUGCACCCAGGGCAAUUGCUGGAAGAGUAGACUGGCGCACCCGAAACCAUCCAGAAUUUCCUCGCGAAGCUUCAGAGGACGAUUAUGACCAUCAGAUGGAUGAAAAGCGAGCGGCUCUCCAGAAUUACCAGCAUUUCCCCAAGAAAGUCUUGACGUUGGAAACUCCAAUGGAGUCAAAUCGUCCUCCUGCACCUGAUCAGUAUCAUCGGCAUGAUUCUUCAGAGAGUUUCCCCAUGUUCUCUGCAUCCACUGAUAGCUCACACCCCUCGAAAUCUAUCGCCGCCGCCUCAUAUUCAUCCAAUACCCGAAUUCCAGACCGGCGACCGUCCGAUUCUGGCCUAGCUGGGUCCUAUGGGGGGCGAUCUGCUGUAUCAACUGGAAGAGGAUCAAUUCUGGAGCCGUCACCAGAAGAGCUGGAAGAAGAACUUGAGUAUGAUGAUGAGUCUACCUUAGAAGCCGAUCGGCUUCAUCUCCAACGACCUUCCAGUCCUCCAGUCUUAAUGACUGAAUCCACCCCAAUUGAACGCCCGGAUUCGAUAGACCAAUUCCAGCUUUCAACCCAGACAGUGUCUGUGGAUGUCUCGACUUAUCCAGUGAUGGCAGGAAUGUAUGAAGAUCUAUCCCGGGUUAAAAUCCCGCUAGCAGAAGAUACAGCCGAACCGAAGCCAUGGAGCAUAGAAGCCAUUUUGAAGGAGGCAGUCCAAUAUUAUCACAGCAAUAACGGCGCCGUCGAUAUUCAAACUGCAGCACACCUGCUUCAGAAACUUCAUUUCCUCUUCGAAGACUGCGAGCAGAUCCUUCCCUAUGAAGAGAGCGAAAUUAUCUUCAAAACCUACAACGAAUACCUCAUUCGACAUUCUUUGGAUUUGGAAGCUGCUGAGCUCCGUCUGUCCUGCGUGCCAACCUACCCUGCUGUGUACGACUACGCUCAAGCAGACACCUUCAUCAAUGUGUACUGCUAUACUUGCCAAAAACCAUACGAGAAUCCCAAGCGCGACAACACCCGUUGUUACCGCUGCAGUACUCCCCAGGCACCAUGCUCAAUCUGCAUGAGCAUCGACCCGCCUGCUGAAUGGGUCGCUGCACAAAGAGAUCAGCAACCAACCUCGUUUGGCAGCGCAAGCCCUCACCCAGAAUCCGAAAUCAUUUCACACUCCUCUUCAGUCUCAACAGAGGUCGUCCCAAAUUCCGAGCUAGAACAGUUCGAUUCCUUCGCUGCCCCACGGCCCAAGGGCUCUGCCCUCUGGACCUGGUGUCAAGGCUGCGGCCACGGUGGCCAUGUGGCCUGUAUCUCAACGUGGCUGAACGACGUCUCCAUCAGCGAAGGCGGCUGUGCCACUCCCGGCUGCUCACACGACUGCGGCCCAGGUCCCCGGCGCGAUUCCAACCGCAAUGCAUUGCUCUCCGAAUCGAAACGGCGCGACUCUGCUAACCGCUCUUCGGGCGCUGGUCUUGUGAAACGUGAUCCGUGGACAAAGGGGGAAAGCAAGGCCGUGGAAAAAGUCCGCGGCAUGCUUGGUGCUGCUGGUGUCGUGGCUACUACAGGUGGAAGCGUCUCGACCACCUCUUCUACUGGCCAGCCUGUUACUUCUGGAGCUGUAUCCCCUAAGAGAGUGAGACUGGUUACGCCGGGUGAGCAGGGCCUGCGACGAGGUCCUUCCAACCGGUCCAGUAUAGCGCCCUCUGAUUAG